GGAUCGAGUGAGGGAAGAGACGCGCCUCUCUCCAGAGAAGGAAUGACGAGGAGGAAAGGUCAUCGUGGUUGCCAAAGAAGUUCUACAAGGUUGUAACUCACUGGCUGUGGAUUCCUGAGGUCUUUUGUAGGCCCGUUUCCAUAGCAACCACCCCGGUCCUCACCAAGGCGUUUACAGACCCCUUAUCCCCUUCCACAAAGACGACCCGCCGGAAUGGACACAGAGUCGACCCACUCGGGCUACUCCAGCCGCUCGGGGAGGUCCAACCGACACGGCGAGCGAGGUCGAGAGCGCCACAAGGCUAGCAGCAGUAAAGACAGCAGCCGCUCGGAAAAGUCUGUCAUCAUUAAUCCUCCAGAGACGUCCUCCCAGGAUUCUCCGGUGCACAACGGCGAGCCACUGCCAGGAGAGCCCAUGCCGGCGGCGUCGGAUCCUGGUGAAGAGGGCCAGGAUGAUAACUGGGGAGAGACCACCACGGCGGUGACAGGCACUUCGGAGCUCAGCAUCUCCCAGGAGGAAGUGGUCGGCUUAGGAAAGGGCAUACAGGACCGGACCAGAAGCUUCCGCCGCUAUCUCCCCCUCGCUGUGGGCGUGUGCGGGGGCCUGCUGGUGCUGGCCACCCCUCUGGUUUUCCUGCUUCUACCCGUCAUCGUGUGGCCCGAGAGGCUGCAGCCCUGCGGCGCCGCCUGCGAGGGCCUCUUCCUGUCCCUGUCCUUCAAGCUUCUCAUGCUCCUCACCGCCAUCUGGGCCUUGUUUCUGCGGCCGGCCCGCGCCAGCCUGCCGAGGGUGUGCGCGUGUCGGGCCUUCCUCACCACGCUCACCCUCCUCCUCACCAUGUCCUACUGGCUCUUCUACGGCGUCAGGAUACUCGAUGCACAGGAUGAGGACUACCACGGCGUGGUCCAGUUCGCCGUGUCCCUGGUGGACUCCCAGCUCUUUGUCCACUAUCUGGCGGUGGUGCUGCUGGAGCUGCGCCACCUGCGACCCUGCUACAGCGUGUGCGUCAUCCGCUCCACCGACGGAGAAACACGUCACUACAACAUAGGACAGCUAAGCAUUCAGAACGCCGCUCUGACCAUACUGGAGUAUUACUACAAAGAUUUUCCCCUCCACAACCCGGCGCUCCUCUCGGCCUCCAAGCACAGAGCUGCCAAACAUUUGGCUGGAUUGAAAGUUUACAACGUUGACGCCCCUGGGAACACAGCAGGGGCCCAGCCUGCUAAUGGCAACCAGUCCCAGGCUGCAGCCGCCGCCGCCAAACGCAAAGACAGCGCCCAUAACGAGUUGUACUACGAGGAGGCCGACUUUGAGAGACGAGUUCGCAAACGAAAAGCCAGGUUGGUGGUGGCGGUGGAGGAGGCCUUCACGCACGUCCGCCGCAUGAAGAAAGAGGACGAACGUGCAUCACCCUCCGACAUCAUGGACGUCCGGGAAGCGGCAUUGGCCAUUUUCCCAUCGAUGGCCCGCGCGCUGCAGAAGUACCUGCGCACCACCAGGAGGCAGCACUGCCACAGCAUGGAGAGCAUCCAGAAGCACUUAGCUUUCUGCCUCAUUAACAACAUGAGCCCAAAGGCCUUCCUGGAGACAUACCUGGCCCCGGGUCCCACCCUCCAGUACGGCCCGGAGCGCUGGAUGGCCGACCAGUGGAUGUUGGUGAGCGAGGCGUCAGUAACCAGCGGCGUCAAGGAAGGCAGCGAGUUCACGCUGAGGUGCCUCGACUUCAGCUUAGCCAUCACGGUCAAGGGCAUCCCGUACAUCCGAGUGACCGAAGAGUACGUGGACCCCAAGUCACACAAGUUCGUGCUUCUGCUCCAGUCGGAAACGUCGGUUUAACAACCUCCCCGGACCUUUAUGACUCAAAAAUGUCAGAUUUUUGUCGCAAAAACUUCUGGAUGGGAGGGAUACGUCUGUACUUUUCCACCUUGUCAGGCAUCCUUCUAUGCACUACAGACUCAUUUGCAUGUGGACGAGUGUUUAUUUUUUUUUAUUUUUUAGAAUGUGUGUUUUUGUGUGGUGGAGACAUUUGCCAAAAGUCUGGCUGUGAAAAAAAAAAGUAACUGUUGGUAUGUGUACAGUAUUUAUACAUCAACAUGCAUUAUUCCCUGCAUACUUUUUUAUAUUAAACUGCGUGGAUGAUUAUCUAAAACUUUUUUUUUUUUUUUACGAUGAAUGUAAAUAUGUGUUUUGUAUAUCAUGUCAAAUCAGUGGCAAGAGUGACUGCCCAGAAUGACCUUUUUAUAUAUCUUGUGCCCUCUUAUUAAAGCACUUCCCAGAUGUUACAUAUUAUAUAUAAAUAUUCCGUUUUUAUAGACAUAAUUUAUGCUAAAUAUUGAUUUUUUUGGAAGAUUAGUUAGAGCAGGGGUGUCAAACGUACGGCCCGAGGGCCGGAUCAGGCCCACGGACAGGUUUUAUCUGGCUCGCGGGAUGAGUUUGCUAAGUAUAAAAAUGAGCCGAAAUUUGGGAAUGAAAGAAAAAGCUGUUCUAUAUGUGUCCACUAGAUGUCACAAUAGCAAUUAUUUGUAUUUUUGUAAAUUAUGCUACACAUAAUGUUAGUACACUAGUCGAGGAAAAUGAUCAAACUACAUAAAUAACAUCCUGUAAUUUGAUUUUGAUUUUUUUUUUUAUCUUGAUAGAUUGCAAAUUAACACCAAUGAGUUGACUGAUGAACAUUAUCACAUAAUUUGUUUAGAAAGUAUAAACAUCGACAAUUAAAGAUAGAAUGCUAUUAAUCGCAACAUGUAAGUGUAAAAAAAAAAAACAGUAUUAUGAUUUGUGCAUUUUCAGAAUGUGCUUGUUCUAUGUUUAAACAAAGAAAACAAUCUGAAAUGUUCUUUAUUUUUAAGUUAUCGUGCCGUGAUUUUACCAGUCCGGCCCACUUCGGAGUAGAUUUUUCUCCAUGUGGCCCCCGAUCUAAAAUGAGUUUGACACCCCUGAGUUAGAGGGUAAAAAUAAUCAAAUUGGACUCAUUAUUUAAGUUGGACUCAAAACAGUGUUUGUCGCGGUCAGCGUCUCACUGCUGCCACCUAUUGGCCACUUCAUUCUAGACCGUCAAGUUUGAAGAGAGAACGUUGAACUGUAUUUAAUUUGAAUGUUGUCAUUUCACAUAAGGACAAAUGUUACUGUUGUCACUGAUGUUUUGUACACAUUUUGUCCCUGCACAUGAAUCCUAACCUUUGUACGUGUGGAUGUGUGUGUGUGUGUGUGUUAAGUGUCUGUUGUGACACAUUUUUGUACACCAACAGACCACAAGCUGUGUCAAAUCCCCGUUUGUUAAAAAAAAAUAAAAAGCAUUUGUAUUGAU